GCAACCUAACGCCAAUAUGCUCAUUAGUCAUUACCCACCUCGAUCUCCUUUUUCCCUUUCCUUCUUCCCUUUGUUUUUUAUUUUAAGAAAACACACACAAGUCUCUGCGAACUGAGACCGGAGUGUCAGGAAGCGGAGGAGAGAGAGAGAGAGAGAGAGAGAGAGAGAGAGAGAGGUGGCUGGCGCGGCAGAGCAGGCAAAGAAUUACUACUGACCUCCAGGCUACUUCUCCUCCACCGCCUCCUCCCUCCGUUCUUCUUUCUGUUUCCUCUCUUUCUUGUUCCGUCUGUCGGUGUCCACGGACUAGUUCAGAAAAUGAAAGCAGAGUUUGGAAGAAAGGGAUUAAUGGGACUACUCACGAUUCGUCAGAUCUGAUAGUAGAAUUUGCUUCCAGCGAGCUGCAUUGUUCAUCUGUGAAUACUACCCACGCUCUUGCUACAUCAGAAUAUUUCAAAAACUUUUGCAAAGUUGUGUUGGUGGUACAAUAAUGGACAAGCAAUUUACCAUCUGAAUCUCUCUCAUGAGACAGGCAUAUUGGUGGGUACAAUAAUGGACUAGUAAUUUAGCAUCAUAGCCUUCCGAGUAGCUGUGUGAUCAGCGAUGGACAGGAGAAGUUGGCCAUGGAAGAAGAAGUCAUCUGAGAAGGCAGUAACGUCAACUGACACCACCACCAAUUUGUCCAACUCUAGUGGAAGUCUAGCAAAUCAGGAUGCUAAAAAUACUAUUACCUACGUUCAAAUCUCUGCUGACAAAUAUGAACACCUGACUGAAAUGGAAGAGCAAGUGAAGAUCUUAAAAGAAAAGUUAUUCGCUGCACAAACAGAGAUGACAAAUAAGGAUAAUCUGGUCAAGCAACAUGCUAAAGUUGCUGAAGAAGCAGUAUCUGGAUGGGAAAAAGCUGAAGCCGAAUCAUCCACUCUGAAACAUCAACUUGAGUCUGUGACACUAUUGAAGCUUACAGCUGAAGAACGUGCUGCACAUCUAGAUAGUGCCUUGAAAGAAUGCAUGAAACAGAUACGGAAUGUGAAGGAAGAAAGUGAGCAGAAGUUGCAUGAUGUUGUCUUUGCAAAAACCAAGCAAUGGGAGAAAGUCAAGGCCGAGCUAGAAACAAAAAUAGAUGAUUUUGAGCAAGCUCUGCUUAGAGCUUCUGCUGAAAAUGAAGCAUUGUCAAGAUCCCUGCAAGAGCGUUCUGAUAUUCUAAUGAAAAUUAAUGAUGAGAAGCUGCAAGCAGAAAGUAAAAUUGAGCUGCUAAAGAGUAAUAUUUUAUCAUAUGAAAAAGAAGUUAAUUCCUUGAAAUAUGAACUUCAUGUUAUUUCUAAGGAGCUUGAAAUUCGUAAUGAAGAGAAAAAUAUGAGCAUUAAGUCAGCUGAUGUUGCAAACAAGCAGCACUUGGAAGACAUAAAGAAAAUAUCAAAACUAGAAGCAGAAUGCCAAAGACUACGAGGUCUUGUUAGGAAAAAGCUGCCUGGACCUGCUGCAUUAGCACAAAUGAAACUAGAGGUUGAGAAUUUAAGCCAUGAUUACGGGGAAACUAGGGUGCGGCCAUCACCUGCCAAGAGUUCUAGUCCACAUCACUUGUCAACACAUAUUUCGGAUUUUGCCUCUGAGAGUUUCCAUGCUUUGCAGAAGGAUAAUGAGUUUCUAACAGCGCGCCUAUUAGCAACCGAAGAAGAAACAAAAAUGUUAAAAGAGGUUCUGACCAAACGUAACAGUGAAUUACAGGUUUCAAGGAACAUUUGUGCCAAAACAACAAGCAAGCUUCGUCACAUUGAAACACAGAUGCUGGCACUGAACAAACAAAGAAUUUUGUCAAAUCCAAUUUUUGACAUUUCUUCUGAAAACAAUUUAAGUCAGAUUGAAAGUAAACCACCAAGUUUAACAUCUAUGUCUGAAGAUGGAAUUGAUGAGGUAGAAAGUUACUCUGAACCUUGGGCUACGACAUUGAUGUCUGAGCUCUCCCAAUUCAAGAAAGAAAAACAUGCUGAAAAGGUCAAGAACGCAGAUAAUGCAAAUCAUUUGGAGCUUAUGGAUGACUUUUUAGAGAUGGAGAAACUAGCUUGUUUGACAACAGAGUCUAAUGGAAUGGUCACUAUUUCUGAUGGCAUGCACAAAAAGAUGAAAAGUGAAAAUCCAGCUGGUAAUCUGUUGGCUCAUAUUCAGAAGGAAAAUGAUAUAAAUGAGCUGCAACUGCCAUCAGAGGAUGCAGAAAGUUCACCCUGUGCCAAUCAAAAGCAUUCUGAAGAAAUGUCACCUAACAAAUUUGGUUCUCUGUUGGUAAAACUUCAAUCAAGAAUAGCUUCCAUCGUUAAACAACAGUUUAAAGAACAUGACAUUGCCAAACUUUUGGACGAUAUACAACAUAUUGUGCAAGAAAUACAAGAGGAUUUGCCUCAGAAAUCUGUGAAUUGUCUUAUUGAGGAAAAUUGCUCUGUUGAUGCAUCCUCUGAUCCAAAAUCUAGUAAUGAUGGCAUGGAUGAAACUACUCUGAUCAGUAUAUCUUCAAAGCAAGGUAAAAUUUCAUGUUCUGAUGAUAAGCAUGAGUUAAAUCAGGAUCUAAAGAAGGCCAUGUGUGAUAUUCAAGAUUUUCUUAUGUCUCAUGGUAAACGAACCCUAAGAGCACUCGAUGGGCAGCCCAAUGUUGAUGGACUACUUGAAAAAAUCCAGCAGUUGUCUUCAUAUGUCAAGGAUGUGCUAAGUGAUGGAAAAAGCUUGCAUGGUUUUAUACUGAUGCUUUCCCAUAUUUUGUCUGAAGCAACUGAAAUAGGCUUUAAGAUGACCUUAAACAUGGGCAAUGAAUGGGAAAGCAAUGUCUCAGAUUGCAUUGACAAGGUAACAUUACUUGAAAACAGAGUGACUAAUCAUGAACCUAAAAAUGAGAAUUCCUCAGGAAGGUCUAUUGCUCUAUCACAUUCUUCAUCUCAUCCUGACAUUGAAGGGCCUCUCAGUGACAGUUUUGAACAGAGAAAUACAGUGCAGAAAUUUUCAUUAAAGGAAUUUGAACAACUGAAGUUGGACAAAGAAAGGAUGCAACUGGAACUUUCUGCCUGUACUAGUUUGUUGGAAGAGACAAAAAUCCGGCUGGUCGAAACUGAGCAAGAAGUGGCAGAACUAAAGUGCAAACUGGUUACUUGCCAAAAAUCAAAUAGCUUGUCUGAAACCCAAUUGAAGUGUAUGGCUGAGUCCUACAGAUUGCUGGAAUCACGUACACAAGAAUUGGAAGGUCAAGUAAACCUGCUACACACGGAAGGAGAAAAAUUGAACAAGGAGCUUCACGAAGGAAGGCAUAUCCAUUCGGAAGAUUUGGCCAAAAUAAGAUGUCUUGAGGAGCAGAUUGAGAGGCAGGAAAAGUCUUCAAUGUGCUCAGAUGCUGACACUCAAGUCAAGGCAAAACAGGAGAAAGAUAUAGCAGCAGCAGCAGAGAAGCUUGCAGAGUGUCAAGAGACUAUACUUCUACUUGGUAGGCAAUUGCAAACGUUGCGUCCACCAACUGAACAAUCAGAUUCCUUGCCAAAUCAUAGACAUCUCAGGAGCAAUAGUUAUCUUGAUGAUGUACUGGACUCAACUAGCCUCAACACUCGAAUCACUCAUAAUUCAAGGCGCUCGAUAUCUGAGGCAGAAAGUUCUGUGGAUUUUGUAGCACUUAGAGCUGGUGAUGAUUUCCCUUUGGAUGGAUACAAUGGCCAAACAAGCCCAUCGGACACUGAAGCAAGUACCUUUCCCAAAUCACCUAUUGAUACAAAGCAUCGAACGGAUAGGUCUUCGAGGUCAUCUUCUUCUACUUCUUUACCUAAUGCUUUGCCCGAAAAGCAUGGUCGUGGUUUUAGCAGGUUUUUCUCCAAAGGAAAAAGUGAUCGCUAGUUUUGAUUCCAAGAUUACUUUUUCUUUUGAAGGAGACAGAAAAUGAGAUGGAUGAAGCAAUGCACAAUGUUUGUUUAAAUGAGGGAUCCUCCAAUUUCUCAGCAGUUGCAGUGAGCCUUAUGGUUCAUUCUCAUUUCUAUGUAAUCAUUACUUGUUUUUUUUUUUCACAAUCAAAGCAUGCAUUUUUCCAAAGGUUUUGACUUGCAAUUUGAUAGUAAUGUAUGCUCUGUGAAGAUAAAAAAUUGUCACUGACAGUUUGGUUUUUAAUUCCCUCGUUCAAAUUCUGUAUAAAAUCAUUGUUAAAACAACGGUUCCUAACGGACCUAAGUAUGUGUUUAUUGAACCUUAUUUGGUGUA